AUGCUCACUUUGAUACCUUUAUUCUUGACCCUGAAGCGUCCUAUGUGCCUGUGCAAAUUGAUUAACUCAGGAUGUCCUGCCUCUUUGAAAGACAAUGUAUACCAGGAUGGAGACAUGGUGAUCACCGCAUUCUUACCCCUUUAUACCUAUCAAACCGCCCCACACUCUGAAGGGCCAGAAAGCACAGACAUUUAUCCACGUAUCCAUCCCACCAACUACCAAUUUGCAAUGGCCUUGAUUUUUGCUGUAGAAGAGAUCAACAGAAACCCCCUACUUUUACCUAACACAUCUCUGGGUUAUGGUUUCUACACUGCUGGGCUAAGUCAAGAAGAAACAGUGCUGACUUUUCUCAUUUGGCUCACUGGUCAAACCUCAUUCAUCCCAAACUACACCUGCAGAAGAGAGGAAAACUCUAUCGCUGUAAUCACAGGAACAACAUGGGAAAUUUCUUCCUUAAUUGGCACAUUUCUGGGACUUUAUAAAUAUCCACAGCUUUCCUUCGGACCUUUCGAGUCAAGUAUGAAUGACCCCGAUAAGUUUCCUUCUUUGUAUCAGAUGACCACCAAGGACUCUUCUCUGGCCUUAGGCAUGGUCUCAUUGAUGGUCUACUUCAGAUGGAACUGGGUGGGACUGGUGAUCUCAGAUGAUGAAAAGGGUGUUCACUUUGUCUCAGAACUGAUAGCAGAGAUGGAAAGAAACGGAGUCUGUGUUGCCUUCUUAGAAAUGAUCCCAAUCAGCCAUAUGUUCUCUAUGACAUUUGCUACCAUAUACCAAAGCCCAGUUGUGAUGAACUCAGUAAAAGUCAUCAUCAUCUAUGGUGACACUGACUCUUCUUUAGGUGUGCUUUUUAGAAGAUGGGAAUAUGUAUCUCCGUGGAGAAUCUGGAUCACCACUUCACAAUGGGAAGUGACUACUGCUAUGAGACAUUUCAUUCUUGACUCAUUCCAUGGGACUCUCAUCUUUUCACAACACCAUGGUGAGAUUUCUGCUUUUAAGGACUUUGUAAAGACAGUUACCCCUUCCAAAUACCCAGAAGACAUUUUCCUUGCAAAACUGUGGGAGAAUUAUUUUGAUUGUUCACUCUCUGACACUUCCUGUAAAGCAUUAGAAAAUUGUUCAUCUAGAGGUUCCUUGGAAUGGUUACCUUGGUACCACUUUGACACUGCCAUGAGUGAUGGCAGCUAUCAUGUAUACAAUGCUGUGUAUGCUGUAGCACACACCCUCCACAAGAUGCUUAUGCAGCAAGUAGACAUGCAAACAGUGAAAAAUGGAGAAAGAAUGAAAUUUCCUCCGUGGAAGCUGAACCACGUCCUGAAGAACAUUCAAUUCAAGAAUCCCACUGGAGACUCAGUAACUUUGAAUCCUUCAAAAAACAUUCAUAUAACUUAUGACAUUCUGAACUUCUGGAAUUUUCCACAAGGUCUUGGAUAUAAAGUAAAAAUAGGAACAUUUUCCCCAUAUUUUCCACCUGGUCAACAGUUGUCACUCUAUGAGGACAGGAUAGAGUGGAGCACAGGAGUUACAGAGACUCCCAUCUCAGUUUGCAGUGAAAGUUGUGGCCCUGGAUUCAGAAAAUCUCUUCAGGAAGGCAAGGCUGUCUGUUGUUUUGACUGCAGCCUCUGCCCAGAAAAUGAAAUUUCCAAUGGUACAGGCAAGUAUGUUGAUCAGUGUGUGUCAUGUCCAGAUGAUCAGUAUGCCAACACAGAGCGAACCCAUUGCUUCCAAAAAGCUGUGACAUUCCUGACUUAUGAAAACCCCUUGGGGAUGACACUGGCUGGCAUGGCCCUGUGCUUCUCGACACUCUCAGCAUCUGUCCUUGGGGUUUUUAUAAAGCACCAAAAGUCUCCUGUGGUGAAAGCCAAUAACAGGACUCUCAGCUACAUCCUUCUUGUUUCUCUCACCUUCUGUUUUCUUUGCUCAUUGCUAUUCAUUGGUCAGCCCAACAUAGCCACCUGCAUCCUGCAACAGAUCACAUUUGGUGUUGUGUUCACAGUAGCUGUGUCUACUGUCUUGGCCAAAACCAUUACUGUGGUGCUGGCCUUCAAGAUCACUGCUCCAGGAAGAAGGAUGAGGGGGUUGCUUAAAUCAGGGACACCCAGAUUCAUCAUUCCCAUCUGCACAAUUAUACAAAUUAUCAUCUGUGGAAUCUGGCUUGGAACCUCCCCUCCCUUUGUGGAAAUAGAUACACAUUCUGAACAUGGUCAAAUUAUCAUUGUGUGCAAUAAGGGCUCAGUCACAGCCUUCUACUGUGUCCUGGGAUACUUGUGGGCUCUGUCCAUAGGGAGUUUCACUGUAGCUUUUCUGGCCAGGAAGCUACCUGACACCUUCAAUGAAGCCAAAUAUCUGACAUUCAGCAUGCUGGUGUUCUGCAGUGUCUGGGUCACCUUCCUCCCUGUUUACCACAGCACUAAGGGGAAGGUCAUGGUGGCUGUGGAGGUGUUCUCCAUAUUGGCUUCUAGUACAGGGCUCCUAGGCUGUAUCUUUUUCCCGAAGUGCUACAUAAUAAUCAUGAGACCUGUUAAGAUCUCACUGAAAGCCACAAGAGACAGAGUGCAGGGGAAAUGA